UCGCGGCAGUCUAUUUGCGGUGAACUAGUGUGUCGAAUGGUAAAGAGCCUGGCAGAUGAGAUCUCUCAGAAGAAUGGAAGUAAAUGAUUGAUGGCAGCAAUUAGACUAGUGAAAAAAAGGAUAAGAAUAUUAGCAAAAAAGUGAACGUGUUUAUACUGCAACUGCAAUUCAUAAUUAUUUGUGUAUGUAAGUGCGAGAUCACUGGAAAUUCAUUAUCAUGUGGACGUAAAAAACGGUAGUUUAGUAGUGUAACGUUGGGAUUUAUAAUAUAUAUGUAGCUAGUUUUUAGUUGUAGUUCACUUAUCUACUUAUCUAUAACGAUGUAUGUUCGUAUUCAGACACUUGCAUUUACUGUGAAAGACAGCACAUUAUUACUAUUUUCUACUUUUACAACACUGAUAAACAUAUUUGUUUGAUGUAGAAUGUUGCUACUUAUUUUUAAAAUGUCUAUUAAGAGAGAAACUGUGUAUGACAAAAUCUUCUGUUAUUUUUAAUAACGUAAGUGCAUUUUUUAGCCAUGCAUUUACGUAUUUGUCUUUACUUUCGGGCUAAGCAAAAUAUUUAUACGGUUAAUUAUCUAAUUUAAUAUAAAGUUAGUAAAACACAAAAUGUUUUAACCAAAUAAAUUGAUGUGAAGCAACUAAA